AUGGCCACCCUAUUACGAUAAAGAACGAGGUUUUCCAACUUCCGUCACGAAGAUUGAGAAAUAAGGAAUAAUAGUUGAUGCCUAAUUAAUCUACUUCUUUUGUGAUUAUAUGUGUUUAGAAAAGACAAUUUUAACAAACUUUUCCGUUAUUGUUGUUGAUUGAAGUGCAUUUAAUCAAUGUCUCGUUUGUGAAGUGUAAAUUGUUUUUGUUGUGACAUAUUUGUGAAGAAAAUCAAUGAGAUAUUUUAUGAAGCAGCUGGUACAAUAUGUUUAGUGUUGACUACGAUUGACGUACGACGAACUAAAAGAGAAUACAACAGAGACAUAUUAUAAGGAUGGCUGAAGAAGUCAUCAAUGUCACGGCUCAGCCUAUGUCUGAGCCUGUACACAAUAUAUCCAAGGCCAUUUUUCUGCAGACUACCACAGCGCAAGUUGUCUCUGGAAUAUUUGUAUGGGCAGCACUUUUCAUAACAUGUCAACAAAUUUACCAACACCUGCGCUGGUACACUAACCCAUCGGAGCAGCGAUGGAUUGUGAGGAUUCUGUUCAUUGUACCAAUAUACGGCAUCUACAGCUGGAUCUCCUUGCUAUUCUUUAUGGGCGACUCGUAUUAUGUAUACUUCUUCACGGUCAGGGAUUGUUAUGAAGCGUUCGUGAUCUAUAGCUUCCUUUCGCUGUGCUACGAGUACCUUGGUGGUGAGGGGAACAUUAUGUCCGAGUUGCGUGGGAGGCCCGUACGAGCGUCAUGCGUGAAUGGCACCUGUUGCCUCAGCGGAGCGACAUACACCAUCGGGUUCCUGAGAUUCUGCAAACAGGCGACACUUCAGUUCUGUUUGAUCAAGCCCGUCUGCGCCUUCGUUAUUAUAUUCUUACAGUCGGCUGGCCACUACCACGAUGGUGAUUGGUCCCCAAGCGGUGGUUAUAUCUACAUCACCAUCAUCUACAACUUCUCGGUCAGUUUGGCGCUGUACAGCCUGUUCCUCUUCCUCGGUGCCACUCGAGAGAUGCUGAAACCUUUUGAUCCAGUGCUCAAGUUCUUUACGGUUAAGUCUGUCAUCUUCUUGUCCUUUUGGCAAGGUGUGGCCCUCGCUAUUCUCGAAAAAGCGGAAGUGAUAUCACCGAUUAUAGACGAAAAUGGCAUCCCCACAACAGCUGGUACGGUAUCUGCUGGGUACCAGAACUUCCUCAUUUGCAUCGAAAUGUUGGCGGCCGGUGUUGCAUUGCGGUACGCGUUCCCCGCGAGCGUAUACGCGCACGCACGUCGCGACCCACACAGAUCUGUCACUAUGCAGUCCAUCUCUAGCAGCCUAAAGGAGACGAUGAAUCCAAAAGACAUAAUGACGGACGCAUUCCACAACUUCCACCCUCAAUAUCAACAGUACACGCAAUAUAGCUCGGUGAUGCGUGGAACAGGAACGGGCAAACGAAGUGAAGAAGGCGCCGCAUUAGCUCCUCGUCCGCCGCCACAGAGAGUCGCCACCAUCAGUCAAGCUACUAAUUACCACGAAAAAACUACCUUACUUAGCUCUGAUGAUGAAUUCCAGUGAAGUCUUCAAAAGUUGAUAGCCUUUCUGUCGCCGGCAAGUUUGCUCGUCAAAUUAUUUAUGCCCAUGUGGCGUAUUGAAUGUUCAAGAUCGCGCUUCAUCACAUAACCAUUUUAAUGAAUAAAUUAAAAAAGAAAACAAUUGAAUUCCCGACCACGCCUCUGCAUAAUGCUUUUUGUCUAUGGAUUGUGGCACGUGGUAAAAAUCGGAACCAACGUCUAUAUCUCUUACUUUAUUUCCUGAAAAUUGUCAACAGAUUCUACGCAACUAAUCUUCAACUAUUCAGACAAUUGCAAGUCGUUGAUUAGGAUCUCUAUUAAAAAUAACUGCUAGAGUAUUUUUAGAAAGGUUUUUCGUUUUCGUUUCAACUCGUUUCUCCACUGCCAAACGUUAAUUACCGAUCCGAUUUAGAAACUGACGACAGUACUUAUGUGUUUCUCCACUACUCCGGCAUCCGGUUUUUAACGAUCCGAUAACUUGCUAGAUCGGAACGCGAUGUUUUAUCGGUCUGAAAUGAUCGACAGUUAUGCCAACUUGUAUAAAUUUAGGGGAAAGUGUCCGAGGGUUUUUUAGGGGGUACAUUUAUUUAGGGGAAUUUUUAUUCUAUACAAUUUAGGUUAACCUUAAUAAUUUAUGUAAACCAAAUAUAAACUCCAAGCUUUUAAUCUGUAUUACGAUUUUUUACAUAAUAAAUCUUGGAAGACAUGAAUAUUUCCUUUUUUCAUAUGAUUUUGUUUUAUUUAUAUACAUAAUUAAGUACUUACUUACCUCAAAGUCACUGAGAGCAUCUCCGCAAGAGGAAUGCAACAUCUAAAGUUAGUGUCCUGGCCAGCAAUCGCUUCUAUUAUGUGAGCUAAAAUAUAAUUGGAAAUUUUCUUUCAUCUUGAACUAGCAUUUCAUGAGAAACGAGGAUGUAUCCAACAACUCUUGUUUCUAGUGUUUUAAUUCUAUAUAGCUAUUAUUUUUAGAUUUUUGUUUGUUUUUUGUUUUGACACUUUAUUGUAUUUACCUAAUUUCGCUGGUCGUGUCCUCGUAAAGGCGAGGAAUUUUUAUAAAGCACUGCGUUACGUCCGUUACGAAGGGGUGACUUAUUUUUAAUGAUCGAUUAUUAUCGGAUCGGAUAUAGUGGAGAAGCGCAAUCCGGCCUUCCGAUAUUUUUCUCAUGACUCAUUUCGGCUUCCGACUCCGGACCAGAGCAGUGGAGAAAGGGCCUAACGUGUUCAAACUAAUCUUUGAACAUGCAGUGCAAUUGAAUUACCGAAUCGCUAAAAACUAUGAAUUUUAAGGAAAACGUAUACUAAGGGGGUUUAGACUUUUUGACCAACGCAAUGGAUAAUUAUAAUUACGAUUAAUCUUUUGUAUGCCAUUUUUAUGUUUAAGAGUAUUUUAAAUUAAAAUUCCAAUAAAGGAUAAGAAUGAAAUAUUUAUUCUCGAUUCUUGUUAGUUGUAUUUAAUGUUGUUUUUUUGAUAAAACAACUAAUAAUUGUAGCACGUAAUUUAAUUUAAUAAAUAAUUAUAAUAUAAGGUGGAUCGGUACAAGACGACUUUGGCGCGAAAUGAUUGAUAUUACGUAGAAGUAUAUUUACUAAUAUUUUAAUUAAGAUUGUACAAAAUAUUUAUAGACUAGUUUUGCUCUCCCUUAAAACAAUAUAAAAUAUUUAAAAAAAUCAAUCAAAUAUUGUGAAACCAGAGAUAACAGUUAUUGUACAGAGUAAAUAGGCCAUUUUAAUUAUGAUGUGUACAGUUAUUUUUUUCUUUAAAGCCUUUGCACCCUAUAGAUAGUUAAAUUUUGUAAUAGCUUUGAAACAACACUGCAUUGCUUCGCCGUCCAAUUUUAAUACUUUCAAUUUCUGAAACUAUUUUUCAAAAUGAUCUUCAAUGAUUUGCUGGAUUGCGCAGGUUGUAUAUUAUCUGUAGAUGCAACUCAAAUGUUAUAUUAAGAUUAAAAUGUGUCAAUGAUGAUGUUAUUAGGUGUACUUUAAAUUUAGUAAAAGGUGAAUUUUAAAUCCUACGAUAGAAUGAAUAUACUUACCAAAGACAACAACAAUUUUACAAUUUUAUUAUCUUAUCUUUAAAUAACUAAGGUUCGAAAUAACACCUCGAAAACACGUAUAAAAUGAACAAACAUACGAUUUUUUUCUUCUAUUUAUAGUAUAAAUUCAACAAUUUUGUUUUCCUAACAAAAUCUAAAACAUUCUGCCGCUUUGUAUGUCUAAUUAUGAUGAUUGAAGUAUGUAAUUAUCUUGUGGAUAUAGUACCGUAUGUAUUUUAAUGUAAAUAAAUAACAAUAGAUUUGUUAUUUAUUGGUCCUAGACUUUCUGUAAUUAUUUUAAUCACAUUAUAACAUUUAGCCUAAGGUUCGCAGAUAAAUUAAGCGCGAGCGAUCAUCCCAAAUUUCAAAUGGGUUUGACAGUUGCGUGCUUCAACUUGUCUAUGAAUUUUUAGCCAUAGAGUCAAUUAAGUAUUAAAUGACGUUAAAAAAUGUAUUUAAUGUAAAAGAAUAAUCAAUAACCGCUCUCUGUUCAAAAUAUGAAAUUAUUUUUGUAAAAGAAACACUUUUAUUUCAGACAAUGUUAGAUAUUAAUGUUUUAGUGUCUUUAUAAGAAUCUAAAUAAUGGAUAUUUAAAUUA